GCCUUGACGUCACGGUGAGAGGCUGCAGGGCUAAGCAGAGUGUGUGCAGCUGCUCGGGAAAAAGCCUGCUGGAGUUUGAACUGAGAGCAGCCGGCAAACUCCUGCUCCUGUGAGGCUCCUGCAACCUGUUGCCCCGUCUCUGAAACUUUUUACCGUUCCCCCGGUUGACACGAGGUAAUGGACUAUUAAAGAGACUUUUAACAGGCCUUCCACAGCAACUUAAAAGCGAGCAGUCUAAAGCGCCGCCGCCCUCACAUCAGCCACAGCCUCAACAAAAGCAGCGACCAUGGGCAAACAGAACAGCAAGCUCCGUCCCGACGUCAUGCAGGACCUGGUGGACAACACGGAUUUCACCGAGCAUGAGAUCACCGAGUGGUACAAGGGCUUCUUGCGGGACUGCCCCAGUGGUGCGCUCUCCAUGGAGGAGUUCAAGAAGAUCUACGCCAACUUCUUCCCUUAUGGAGACGCCUCCAAGUUCGCCGAACAUGUCUUCCGCACCUUUGACGCCAAUGGAGACGGAACUAUAGACUUCAGGGAGUUCAUCAUUGCCCUGAGUGUGACCUCACGUGGUCGACUGGACCAGAAGCUGAAGUGGGCAUUCAGUAUGUACGACCUGGAUGGGAACGGAUACAUUAGCAAGGCAGAGAUGCUGGAGAUUGUAACGGCCAUUUACAAGAUGGUUUCCUCUGUGAUGAAGAUGCCUGAGGAUGAGUCCACACCUGAGAAACGCACAGACAAGAUCUUCAGGCAGAUGGACACAAAUCGAGAUGGUAAACUGUCUCUUGAGGAGUUUGUUGAGGGAGCGAAGAACGACCCCUCCAUUGUCCGACUGCUUCAGUGUGAUCCCAGCAGUGCUGGGCAGUAGAAACCUGGACUUUUCCCAUUGCGUUUUGAUUAAUUUAACACAUUUUCAAAAUCUCUCCCAGUUGACCCACCUGAGAUUAUUGACAUUUGAGCUAUAGAGGCACAUGUGUGCGUGCACACACACACACACACACACACACACACACACACACACACACAUACACACACAUACACACACACAGAUGACAUGCAACUCUACAUACUACAAAUACCAAAGCCUGAUGCAUAUAUAAUCUUUCACAUGCACAUACUUUACAUGCGCCUCUAUGUCUAGUCAAAAGCUACAGACAACUUGGGUCUCAUAUAUGGUACAAUUAUAACUCCAGGGACUGAAAUCCCAUCAAGGACUUGUUAAACACUGAAUCACUGCUGUGCUAUCUCUGUCUGAGAGGACAGCCAGCGAGGAUAAUCCAACAGAUUCGUGAGGUACGUUGAGCCGAAUCCAAGUUCGCUGUUUCUUUUUAUUUCUUUUAUUUGUUAUUUUUUAAAGCAUUAUUCCUGAUUUAAAGGAAUCAUGCUCAUUUUGUUCUAUCUAACUGAUUUGGGUUGUUGUGUGACAACGGACAGAUCUUUACCAAGUAUUACAAUCUAACUCCGUGUUGACACUGGAUGAAAUGAAGUAUGUGAGUCUGGGACUACAAGUGUUCACAGCUUACAGUAUGGCUAUGUAGACAGGAGAUCUGGGAAAUGUUGUUUUUAAUCAUAGAAGAAUUUUAGAAGGGAUGAAAGACUUGUUUUUAAUGUAUAUUUUGGAGGAAUGUUACAUCAAACCAAAACUGACUCAGAUUUCUAAAUGAAGGGGAAUAUUCUGACUACAGAUUAUGCCAUCUGUUCUUUGAAAGUGACUUUUUAUGCCAAGUUUUGUGUCCACAAACACACACAAAUACACACACUUCACGCACAUUUUCACACAUUCACUUCACUGAUGAAUACAUGAACUUGACAUAUACAUUUGAAACCGAGCUGUGAUUCUCUCUCUUCAACUAUGGUUCAACAAAUGUAUAAGCAAAAACAAAAAUGUUAGAUGUUUUAUGAAUAUAUAGUAUGUACUUAUAUAUUCUUUUACUCUGUGAUAACAUUGUGGUGAUUUGCUGCAGUGGAAGAGAUUCACUUUAAACAUUUUGACGUAUAAAUUAUUGGAAUGUGAUGAUUAACAUUUUAUUUUCUUUUACUUGACAAAUAUAUGAAAGAAAGUUGUACAGUAUAUUCACUCAUAUUUAUGCUAGAGAUGUAAAAAAAAAAGGAGAGGACCACAGAUAUUGCUAUGCAUCCAGCUUUGAACAUUAUCUGCUACAUGUAGUUUAUGUAGCUUCUUUUCCCCUUUUGACAGAGAAAAUAGCUUCAGAUUUCACAGUUUGAUCCCGAACUCCCCACUUCGGACUUCAUAUAUCCCAGGAAGCCUGCAAACAUUGGCAGUCAUGAAGUUUUUCAUAUACUGUGCGUUGACAGUGUGUAAAAACACAACACACAGUAACAGCAACUUAACUGGCAGAACAAAGCUCUGACGUUGGUAGUGAGUAAUGGCCACAUCCACCAAACUUCACUGUCCAUUUCCAGGAUUUACUGAUUGCUCCUAACUAUUUCCAUCCUGUGUGAUUUACACCUGUCUGUCCCUGCUGCUCUGAAAACAACAUGAGAUUCAGUGAUUUUUCACAGGUGGAUGAACAAGGACAUUGGGGGUGAAAAAAGAGUUGUAGUAAAUUCUAUGGACUUUUCAAGCAGGUGAUCUGGUACUUCAGCCCCACAUUUCACUCCAGUAGCAUGUUGUGGUCAAGUGCCAAAUAUAGGUGAAUGAAUAAAAGAAAAAACACAGUAUUGUAUCCAUUUAUACUGUACAGUUGAUACCUGUCGAACAAAAAAACUUUGUCACUGUAUCAUUUUGUAGAUUUUGUAUUGUUAACUUGCAAUAUGUGUUCUGUGUAGGAUGUCCAUUUUGUUAUUCAAAUAAAGGCAAAAUGGGGAAGUG